CGACGGUAAAGGGUCGCCUUUCUCUCUAGAUUCUACAUUUGGGAUGGGCCAGGUCUGCAGGCAGCCUGGUUCAAUACCUGCUCCCUCUUCUUCCUCAGCCAUGCCUUGAGAGAAGUGCCUUCAUUUGCUGACCCUUGUGGCUGUUUGGCUCCACUGAAGCCGCCUGUGGUUCUGUGCCUGUUCGUGUCUGCCGGAGCCGCCAGCCACACCAGGAGCACCAGGACCGCUGUGACUGUCAGCCUCAUCUACUGAAGCUGUCCCUGCACCGCUGACACCUCCCUCUUCCCCUCCCUCCCUCCUCCCCGCUCCGCCUGGUAGCCACACCGCUCCCCAUUCAUGCCACUCAGCCAUCUCCACUGGAGGCUGACGACUUCCCCCUUCUCCGCAGACGUAGGCCGAUACUGAGGACAAACAGUUUUAUCGGCUCCUGUGAGCGGAAGAAAAAAUUGUUUCACUGCUGUCCCCUCCAUCCUUUUCCUCCUCCCUCUUCUCUUCCCCUUUCUCCUCCUCUCUUCCCUCCCCAAGCCCUGCAAACUUUCAUCAUGGGCCAGCUUGAUCGAUAAUGUCUUUUGCCAUUUGUCUCAACUGACAGUUCAGCUGAGGAGUGAGGAAGUUGAGAGAACUGUUUUUUUUUUUGUUUGUUUUUACUUCCUUUCUUGUUUUUCUUUAAGAGAGAGAUUGCAAAGUUCUGUGGACGUCACCAGCCCAGGCUCUGGCUGACAGGCCCCGAAGGAUUUCCAUUUGAACCACAGACUCGUAGAAUGGGCUUUAGGUGGUAGCAUGUCCCUAGGUCUCAUAGGCUCCUGGACACAAACCCACUGAAGUUCUGCUUUUUUUUCCCAUGCCCUUUCCCUGUUCCUUGUCAGUAUUUCCCCCCGUGUCAUUAAAACCAUACAGACUUAAACAUAAUUCACUUACUGGAUAUCUAUUCCUCCUGAUCGACCCUACCUGCCUCGCUUGAAAUGGCGGUGAGCGUGACACCAAUUCGGGACACCAAGUGGCUGACGCUGGAGGUGUGUCGGGAAUUUCAGAGAGGAACUUGUUCACGACCAGACAAUGAGUGCAAGUUUGCCCACCCUGCCAAGAGCUGUCAAGUGGAAAAUGGCAGAGUCAUUGCUUGUUUUGACUCACUCAAGGGCCGCUGUUCCAGGGAGAACUGUAAGUACCUGCACCCUCCUCCUCACCUAAAGACACAGCUGGAGAUCAAUGGAAGGAACAACCUCAUCCAACAGAAAAACAUGGCCAUGCUGGCCCAACAGAUGCAGCUCGCCAACGCCAUGAUCCCCGGCACACAAAUACAGCCAGUGCCCAUGUUUUCAGUCACGCCCAGCCUUGCAACCAAUGCCAAUGCUGCUGCAGCAGCGGCCGCUGCAUUUAACCCCUACCUUGGCCCCGUGUCGCCCGGCUUGAUGCCCGCUGACAUCUUGCCCAGUGCGCCUGUACUGGUCACCAGCAACCCCAACAUGCCCGUACCUGCUGCUGCCGCUGCUGCUGCUGCACAGAAACUCAUGAGGACAGACAGACUGGAGGUAUGCCGGGAAUACCAGCGGGGUAACUGUACACGUGGCGAGAGCGACUGCCGCUUCGCCCACCCAGCAGAUAGCACUAUGAUUGACACCAACGACAACACUGUCACUGUGUGCAUGGACUACAUAAAGGGCCGCUGCUCGAGGGAGAAGUGCAAGUACUUCCACCCUCCGGCUCACCUGCAGGCCAAAAUCAAAGCCGCCCAACACCAAGUGAACCAGGCAGCGGCUGCUGCAGCCAUGACUCAGUCGGCUGUCAAUUCACUGAAGCGACCCCUCGACGCAACCUUUGACCUGGGGCUCCCUCCCGUUUUGCCUCCUUUACCAAAGAGACCCGCACUUGAAAAAGCCAACGGUGCCACCACUAUGUUCAAUGCGAGCAUGUUCCAGUACCAACAGGCCCUGGCCAACAUGCAGUUUCAGCAGCAGGCUGCCUUCAUACCAUCAGGCUCGAUAUUGUGCAUGACACCUGCAACAAGUGUUGUACCCAUGAUGCACGGUGCUUCUCCAGUCACUGUGUCUGCAGCCACCACAUCUGCCACAAGUGUCCCCUUUGCAACAGCAACAGCCAAUCAGAUUCCAAUAAUAUCUGCAGACCAUCUGACUAGUCACAAGUAUGUGACCCAGAUGUAGGAGUCAGAACAAUGGAACUAGAGCGUGCUGGUGUCAAGUCCAAGAUGAGCAGUCACCCUUCAUGCCUGUAAAAUCCAGAGAAGAAUGGAAAACCAAAUCUGGACUGGUUCGGAAUAAAUCUGCAUGUUAACACAGGAGGCACAGUUUGUUAGAAAUAUUUUCACUUGUACUUCACGCACACUGUCACACAACAGAAAAGAACAUCAUUACAUUAAAGACUGCCUCUCAUUCUGCAGAGGCGACUAACCUUUAUCCACCAGACACAUUUUGAAUGUUAUCAUGAGAUAAAUGUGCGGAGCAGUCGUUGGGAAAACCGGCUGAAUCGGUACGUCCACUGACCAAGAAUCAUGUGUUGUUUGUUUAUUCGUUGGUAUUUGGCAUUUAACCUAAAUGUCUUCAUUUGUUUACACAGAGAUGCACCUUCUAUUUUCAGUUGAGGUAAAAGAAACAAAUAAUCUGACUGAAUGACAUAUGCAUGCACAGUGGUUUGUUUCUGAUUUUAUUUUGUUAAACCAGUAAGAAGGGACGUUACAUGAGCGCACUCAGAGGCCAACUAGCAACUGAAUGUCUGUGAGGUGUCUUUCAAACCUUUGUAGCCUACCUUUCUAUCUCUUAAGCACAUGUCUUUAACCUCGCAGGCAUCCCUGAAAAGUGCCAUACAUCUCAAAAAUACAUGAACGGUAUUCCAGCAGUGUUACAAAUUGUUAAAUUCAACGAUUCCCUUUAAGACGUCUGUUUUCUCUUUCGGACAGCAUGUGUGUCCGGCCUCAUGAUUCCCGUUGAUUAUUACAUUAUUUUCCCCAAAUCUUCAACUGACUGAAUCGUUUGUUUUUGUUGUUUUUUCUUGAACCUUUUUUCUUUGGCAGUGGUUUAAACAUUCAGUGAUUGGAUCUGUACUAACAGAGAUCUGCCUGCCCACGUAAGAAGUUUCGAGCUGUGUGUGUGUGUGUGUGUGGGGGGGGGGGGUUUGGGCCUGUGUGAGAGACCAAAGAUUGUCUCUGUGAUGAACACGUUCAGAUGACUAGCUUUGAAGACGCAGGGCGAGUGUGCGUCUAAACUGCUGUGAGACCGAAGUGAAAAUCUGCAAAGCAACUGGUGACGGAGAUGUGAUCCGUAUGACAUGGUUUGUUUCUUUUGUGUGGUUAUGCAUAUUUUAAAGCACGUUGUCAAAAUAGAUUCAGUAUAGUGUAUAUAUAGUCCGACAUAUUUAAAAAGAUUUGUUUAAUACCUGAGAGCUGGGUAGUUGGUUUUUUGGGGGUUUUUUUCCAGAUAGUCAGCCAAAGUCAUUUUUGUGUCACUGUUUGUAGGUGUUUAUGGGUAGACUAGCGGGGGUGAAGUGCGGAAAUGAGUAGCCCCAAAGAAGGUCCGUGUGUUUAAAGUAGAUCUCUAGGAUUAUUUUGUCGUGUUUUUGGUGUUCUUCAGGCAUAUUUAAUUGGUGGAUAAAACAGGGAACGUGGCGAGAAUCGUAAAACGAUUGUAUUACUCAUCCAAAGCCUUAGAAUGUACCAUCGAGUCAGCACAAUGCAACAUGCCAUUUUGAACCAUCCAGUUGCCUAAUCCACGCCAUAUUAACACACACGGAACACUACGUAACCGUCACCUUUUUCUGUCUGUGUUUUCUUAACUUUCUUGUAGUUUUUUUCCUUCUUCUUCUCUUUUCUUAGACAAGGAGUGUUUUGUUUUGUUUGGAAAAUGUUUUGAUAUUAGUUCAGAUUUUUAGUUUUGCCUGUUCUAUUUAUCUUUAUAAUAAUGAACGUAAGGUACAGUGUGUGUUUGUGUGUUCUUCAUGCACAGUUUCCUGAAAUUCCAUGUAAUGUUAAUUUUAGUAUGAUUAUGAUUGUAAACUCAAUAUUUUCUAUGUUAUGCAUAUUGUUGAACCGUAUGCAUAUAUUCAUUUCUCUGGUCUUUUUUGUGUUCUUUGAACAAAGAUGUUUUAUAUGAGUAUCUAACAGUGAUGAAAUAAUAGAACAGAGAGGCUGCGUUGUCACUUUGGCAACCAUCGCCAAUACCUGAGUAAUAUUUUAAUGAUUGUAAGGUUUGUAACUAGUCAAAUAAGAAAAAAAAAAGCUAUUAUAAAAAAUCUAGUUCUUAGAUGUUUAGAGUAAAGAUGUUAUUUUCUACUGUAUCCAUUUCAAAUAGUAACUAUUGUUUUAAUAUUUCUACUCUCCCUGGAAAUUGGGCCAUGUUGGAAAUCAAGCUGCAUAUUUAAUCACUUUUAUGGGCGUUGCUGGCGGGGUCGAGGUGAACGUGGCGAGUAGCGAACUGAGUCUCCGCGCUCUGCCAACUGCAAACAACAAACAAGGGUGGGGUGAUAAAGGUGAUAAAGGUUGACUUUUUUGCACUUCUGUACAUAGUCAAAAAAGAGAGAGAAUCGUGUAUAUUGAGAUCUUAUUUUGAAUAAAAAAUAACGUCUAUAAUGACAAGGAAUUUUGCUAGGAUAACAAAAAACGGCUGAACAAAAUUGCUUGCAUAAAAAGGGCGCCGAGUUCUCACUCUCCUACCCCUUUCAGGAAAGGCCAAGUGUUGCUCUUCUUUUUUGUCAGCAGCUUGUAGUUUGCCAGGUAACCUUCCGGAGGAGGCGUCCACUGCCCUCCAGCUUAAGGGCCUGACUGGGUUUGUCUGGUCCCCGAAACCUGCCUGCAUCGGACGGGUGUGGCCACGCCCUCACAGGCCCAACCAACCAAUCACAACACGUCCUGUCUCUUCCCCAUAUCCAGUGAGGAAUGCAUGUUAAAGGAAAUACAUAUACAGUUUAAAAAAAAGGAGAAAAAAAAUCAUAACACAGUAAUACUGAAUAAGAAAACAUUUACACAGAAAGAUGUAUUUACAGUAUACAAUAUUCUAUCAAUGUAAUGGAAUAAAAUAUAUAUAUGAAAAUACAAAAAUAGAAUAGUGGUUUAUUUAAAAAAAAAAAAAGAUAAAAUACAGAGACUAUACUCAAUAAUGUUUCACCACUUGGAGAGUUAAAAUACAUGCAACACAAACACCAUAGCUAUGAAAAUGUUCUUUAUGUUGAUGUAAGCUGUGCUUCAGGUAGAUGAAAGUGACCAAACAGGAAUGUAGUUCAACAUCCGGCAUUUAAGAAUAACUACAAACUGGAGUCCAGCUCUGUGGUUUGCCUUAAAUUUUGCCUUGAUAGUUUUAGUCAUUUUUUCAUCUUCUUCGAGCAUGCAUGUUUACAUUUAUGAUAUAAUGUAAACUGAACUCUUUUCCUUUGUUCCUUUUUUUUCAUUGAUUUGUUUUCAAUGCUUGUAGUGCUGAGAUGAUGUACUCUGUCCUCUGCUGCCGUUUGUUGCUGCUUGUUUUACUGUUCCAGGCCCCCUGAAAGGAUGUCUCAUGUUUGCAUGGCAGCCGCCAUAUCUGGGAAGCACCUGUAGAGGAUGAACGCUAUUGAUUGCAACCGUCUAAAGCCAUAAAAUAUAAACACCAGAAUGAAAUAUGACAAACAUGUGGGGCGUGGUACAUUUGGAAGCUGACUGAAAAGUGUUUGCUUUGGUUUUAUUAACUAUAUUAUCAUGCAAUAACUCAUGAAGGGUAGUUAAUAUAACUGGUGGAGUGCUGUGCCAACUGUGAUGGUUGUGUAUACUUAAGAGCAAAGUCCUUCUUUAAUUUUUUCAUGGGGCCUGCAUUGCUAUAUUUGAUUCUUGCUGUUACGAAUAAAAAAAAAAAAUUGAAUAAAAAUGUAAAAAUGAACUGAUGAAGAA